ACUCUCUUCCCUGUCCAUGUGCUCGUCUCUGCAACUCCAGAAAUUUCCCCACAUUUUUUUCACUUAUUUUCAUAUAAUUUCCCUGAAUUUUCAGGGCUCAGAAAAUUUUUUUUUCUUGUUAUAAAACUCUAAAUAUCUUUGUAAUUCUACCCAGAAACCCUAAUUUCACUCCUUUUCUCAUGCAGUCAAGCUCUGACAUUGUGAAUCUUUCAGUUUCUUGUUGCACCUAAGAAGCCCGAAUUUCUAAUGAUACUGGUUGCAGAAGGAAUCUCUUCUGCAACGGCAACUGCCUUGCUUGUGCGAAAUCUCCCCUAUCCAACAAAACUCAUAUCUCCAAAAACACCUCUUGCCUAGAAAACCCACAUCUCCAAGCCCAAAAACUCCACUUUCCAACAUAGCCCACCAUGCAUUUCCUCUAAAACCCUUUCUCUUUCAUGUCGCUAGCGUGCGGCAUCCCCCUUCUUGAGUGCGUCUACUGCCUUGCUUGUGCGAGGUGGGCUUGGAAACGCUGCCUCCAUACUGCUGGUCAUGACAGUGAACACUGGGGUCUUGCCACGCCCGAAGAAUUCGAGCCCAUUCCUCGCCUUUGUCGUCUCAUUCUCGCAGUCUAUGAAGAUGACCUUCGAGACCCACAAUUCGCACCCCCUGGUGGCUACUCUAUCGAUCCUGACCAAGUCCUUCAACGCAAGACCUAUGAUGACACUCAGGGUCGAGCCCCACCUUAUAUAAUUUACCUUGACCAUGAGAAUCAUGACAUUGUGUUAGCUAUAAGGGGCCUAAAUAUGGCCAAGGAGAGUGAUUAUGCAGUUUUGUUGGAUAAUAAGCUUGGAAAGAGGAAAUUUGAUGGUGGGUACGUACACAAUGGUCUUUUGAAAGCGGCAGGGUGUGUGUUGGACGCAGAGUGUGAUACUUUGAAGAAGCUCACUGAGAAAUAUAUGGAUUAUACACUAACUUUUACGGGGCAUUCAUUGGGGUCAGGGGUUGCCGCUAUGUUGGCUAUGGUUGUGGUGCAAAACAGGGAUAGGUUGGGGCAUGUGGAGAGGAAGAGGGUCAGAUGUUAUGCAAUUGCACCUGCAAGGUGUAUGUCACUAAAUUUGGCUGUGAGAUAUGCGGACGUGAUCAAUUCAGUCGUGCUUCAGGAUGAUUUCUUACCACGGACAGCUACUCCUUUGGAAGACAUAUUCAAGUCCCUUUUCUGUUUGCCAUGCAUUCUAUGCCUCAGAUGCAUGAGAGACACUUGUAUACCUGAGGCGAUGAUGCUCAAGGAUCCAAGGCGGCUCUAUGCACCAGGUCGUCUGUACCACAUUGUCGAGAGAAAGCCUUUCAGAUGUGGAAGAUUUCCUCCAGUGGUGAGAACAGCAGUUCCAGUGGAUGGAAGGUUUGAGCACAUCGUGCUUUCAUGCAAUGCCACAUCUGACCAUGCAAUCAUUUGGAUUGAAAGGGAGGCGCAACGGGCCCUUGAUUUGAUGUUAGAAGAUGAACAGAUCAUGGAGAUCCCUCCAAAACAACGGAUGCAUAGGCAGGAGACAUUGCAGAGGGAGCAUGGGGAGGAGUACAAGGCCGCCCUAAGGCGUGCCGUCAUUUUGGAGGUGCCCCAUGCCUACCCUCCAUCCUCUCCUUAUGGCACCUUUGAUGAAGAGAGAAGGGCUGAGACCUCCUCCCUCAGCUCUGGGCAAAGGGAAACAUGGGAUCAGCUCAUUGAGCGCCUGUUCGAGAAGGACGAAUCUGGACACAUGGUGCUCAAGCGAUCACAGACCAUCCCACAUUGAGCAGCUCUCUCUCAUUGUAAUGAAAAAUAGCUGAUUUUCCUGGUUUGGGCAGGGUGCUCAUGUCAUUAUCACUUUUUCCCUUUGUAAUUUCAUGUAACUUUCAUCGUUUGGACAGCCAUGUGUUUUAAAAUUGAUUCAUCCCAAGUUCAACGAAGAAACAGCAUAUAUUCAUUGUUUAGAUUUUGUAUUGAAAAUUAUGCAGCUAAGAAGGAAAAAGAAAUGGGAUUGUAUAUAAUGAGAAUUACUUA